AUGCAUUGGCGUAUCAUUAUUUCAAUACUGAUUUCAAUAGCAAAUAUUAGUGCAUAUAUUGCUAUUGGUGGUAGUCCAUCUAGUCCUUGGGAUAGAGAUGCAACAUUUGAUCCAACAACUGGAUGGCCUACAAGAGAUUUUGGAAUGGUAUUAUCUACAGCUGCUAUUGGUAUGGGUGGAACAUAUUUAUUAAAUGCUCAAGGUAACGCUCAAGUGACUGUAUAUGGUGGUUCAUCAGCAGGACGUAUUGCAAAUAAAAUGUAUAAUGCCUCAACAAAUACUCUAUCGGCUUCAGUAAUUAUACCACAAGGCGCAACACAAAUAAUGCUUAGUUUCAUCAAUACAAGUGGUCCUGGUUUGCAAAAUAUAAGCGUAUUACAACCUGGUUAUGAUUUAGCAUCGAAAUCAAAUAUUACCAAUUUAAUCAGAAAUACUAAUCUAGAGGUUAAUUGGAAUGAAACGACCCCAUUGAAUUGGCUACAAUAUACACCACCUAAACGCAAUCCAUGGAAAACAAUUCCAUUUAUUGCAAAUCAACUCAAUUCAAAUGUUGAUAUUUGGAUAAAUAUCCCAUAUGGAGCGACAGAUGAUUAUGUAUUAAAUGUAGUACAAUUAAUGUUAAAUCAAUUAAAUCCAACAAUUAAUAUUUAUGUUGAAUUUUCAAAUGAAUUAUGGAAUUUUAUAUUUGCACAAGCUACAACAAAUCUUAAAGCUGCAAAUGAUUCUGUUUUGAAUCAAGAUGAUCUAUUACGAUUAGCUUAUGAUAAUAAAAAUGUUGGUUCAUGGAAACGAAUUCGACCAAUUUUAGCUGAUCAAUGUGUAAAUCCAACUAUAAUUAUACAAGGUUUAGAUUAUUUAAAUAAACUUUAUGGUCCACCAUCAACAUUUCUUCAUGAUAUUGCUAUUGCUCCUUAUUUUGAUUUAUCACAAUACAAAACAUGUCAACGAGUACCAGUUGGUGUACAUGCUGUUUAUGCUACUUGGUAUGGAUUAGCUGUUCAUGAUUAUGAAGGAGGUCUAGAUACAGCUGCAGGUUGUGAAGGUUGUUCAUUAUCAGCAAAAAGUAAUGCUACACGUGAUAAUCGUAUGAUUAAUUUGUGUGUAUCGUUUUUAAAUGGUUGGUAUCGAUAUGGAUUUCAACCAUUGAAUUGGUGGGUUACUGGAGCAGCUCAGAUAACAACGUAUGGUUCAUGGAAUUUACUAGAGGAUAUGAGACAAGAAACAUUAAUGGAUACAACAGCAAUGUUUAAUUCAUCAUCACCGGUUGCACAACUUCUACGACCAUCAUCAAAAUUAAAAGCUAUUGAUCAAAUUCGUCAAAGAAAUACGGCAGUAUUUCAACCAACACCAUCAUUUCAAUUUAAUAUAAAUCCAACAAUUGUUCCAUCAAUAAUUACACUUCGUUUAAGAAAUAUUCGGAAUGGUUAUUCUAUUCGUCGUUUUGAUGUUAUGUCAACAACAACACAUUCAAUAUAA